AGAAAAGAGAAAGUUUCCAAGAUGGCGGUGCGGACCAGGCUGUUCAUUGGAAAACAAUAGAAGCGGCGCUAAGGGACGUUAUUAACCCGCCCUGGCUCGCUUUGAACCGCACACAUCCCGAUUCGGCCAGAAGGAGGGAUAUCCGUGGCUGCGAUUCUGGACAUUUAAACUAUGAGGAUUAAUUUAGGCGUUUCAGACCCAGAACCCAGCGGCUAACGGCUACAGAGGCGGAGGAGGGUCAGCUGUUCCCUGGACAGAUGCUGCUGUAGGAUCCGCGGACAGAAACACUCUCACAUGAGUGACUGAAGGCCGUUAGACAAAGGUCGCCUCCAUGGAGCCAGCACUGAAGGCUUUGUAAAGGGCCAGGGGGGGUGUAAAAAGAGCCACAUUCAGCAUUUUAUGGACGAAACCUGAGCCGGGAAGUUUACUACAAGUCUUUACUGAUGAUGGCGGAUUUUGUUACACCGCGACACAGCGCGGUGAUGGAGCGGCUCCGCCGGAGGAUCGAGCUCUUCCGGCAGCAUCACAACAGGUGCGAAUCCCGCUACGACAGCGCCACGCAGGAGCGGCUGGAGAUUGAGAAGAAGCAGACCCUCAGCCUGCACCAGCGCCUGCUGCAGACCAAAGCCAAGCGUGCCAGCAAGCACCGGCAGCCCCAACCCAGCGGCGACCAGGCGGGUCAGAGAGCUCCGGGCGGAGCGGAGGCCGGAGAGGUUGGAGGGACGGCGGCGGAGCUCACCCGGAACAAGGCCCGUAUGGCGCUGCAGGAGACGUUGAAGAGGAAACCGGACAGCACCAGUUCUUUAGCCAACAAAAAGCUCUUGCUGGACAUCGGGUCCCCUCUGGACUCCAAGCCGAGUAUCAACGAUUCGUUAAACCAGCCUCAUGUGCCAACGGGGGAGCUGGAGAACAGCGUUGGAGACCUGGACUUCCACUGCAGUAAGAUGAAGCGCGAACCGGAGGACAUCUUACCCAUCAUGCCCCCGUUCCCCGACCUGAACGAGCAGGAGUGGAAUGAGCUGAUAGAAGAUCUCAACCGCUCUGUGCCCAUCGAGGACAUCCAGAAGAUUUUAGAAGAAAGCUUGGAAGACCGCAAAGAUUCUUCGGAGCUGGCUUUAACUCCGGGUGGAGCUGGAGGAGCAGUGGGAGACGGAGGCCAGCUGUCCCAGGGCCUGCUUCCAGAUUUAGCUAGCAUCAAGACGGAGUUUCCUUCGCCCUCUGCAGUCUUCGAGCAGGACUCUCGCACCACCUCCCCCCACAUGAAGUCCACCUCCUCUAUACCACCUCACUCCAACAGCUCCCCUGUGGCCGCCUCUGCCUCCUCCCCAGCUCUUCCUCCACCCCAGCCAGCUCCAUCCAGACCACUCCAGCCUCCACCCAACCACCACCUGCCCCCAGUUCCCAAAGACCUGUCCCCUGCCCAGCAGCUGCAGCAGCUGGCCGCCCAGCAGCAGAGAGUCAAAACCAAGAUGCAGCCACAGCGAGACACCAAGUUCCUCAACCAGCAGCCUCAUCCUCACCCCCCAGCCUGGCCCCAGAUGACCAAUGGCCCUCAGACUUCACUGGGGGUCACCAGCUCCUCCCUGUACCCACCGGACUUCAACCCUAAUGCCCAGAAGUCACUGAUGAUGCCCCCUCAACCCAACAAUAGCUCGCCAAAAUCAGGGACCGCAAACUAUAUGCCGGGGUCCACGGGGCACCCCAACAUCCUGAGUUCCCUGACAUCAGGGCCCCCUCUGAGCCACCCCCCAGCACAAGGAGCUCAGGCCUCCGCAGCAAGGCUGACUUACAACAACACUAGACCUCUGACCCACUACGAGGUGGGACCAGGACCACUGAGGGCCCCUAACACUACGAGCCAGGAAAAGACCCUGCUGAACCUGGUCCGACAGCCACAGCUCAAUCAGACCACCAUGACCUUCCGCCAUCACAUCCCACACACACAGGACCAGAACUCCUACCCCGCUCCUCCACGCGGCUCAGGUCCUGCUAACGUCCUGACGUCUGGGUCCGGGAACAACCCCAUGGCCGCAUCGCACGGGGUGAACGCCAUGGCAGGAAACGCUGUGUACCAAACGAACCAGGCUGUGAUGGCGGCGGCGCUGAAACAACAGCAGCAGCAACAGCAGAUGCUGGAGCAACAGAAGAAGAAGCAGCAGUACCUGCAGAGACAGCAGCUCAUGGCCGAACAGGAGAUGCAGCGUCAGCAGCAGGAACAGGAGCUGCAGCGACACCGGACCCGACCCCCCCCAAAGUACCAGGACCAGCCAGGACCGCCAGCCAAUCAGAACCCUUUCCCACAGCCAGUCGGUCAGUUUACAGCUUCCUCUCAGCCAAUGAGCAGUGUCGGGUCCAUGGUAGGCCCCACCCCCUCAUCUCGUAUGUUCUCCCAGAACCAAGGGAUGAUGGCCAUGACUAUGGGUCAGGGUGGCGGACCCACUGUGAGUCAGGCUGACAUCAGUCUGCCGUCCUGUAGUGGUGGAGGGGACGGCGCUGGCGUGGACGGCCUCUACAACAACAUGAACCUUCAUCCCACCCACCCACAACAGCAGACGGGCCUGCAGCGCCAGUCUCUCUACAGGCAGAACAUCCUGCCCCAGCAACACCUGAAGCCGCAGACCAGCGCCACCCUGCUGAAGCAGCAGCAACUCGCUGCUGCUGCUGCCCGCCUGCCAAACGCCAUGCAGGGCACUGUGGGAGGUAAUAUGGCCAGGUCAAUGCAAAUGGGUCAGAACACAGCCUGGCAGCAGCAGCUCGCCAACCAGACUCCCACCGGUAACGCCUUCAGCAACCCUUCCAACGCCUUCCACCUGCAGCAGCCUCGGAUCCCCAAGAUGCCCUCUGGCUCCACCCCCUUUGGUACCAAUGUCACUGGACGGCAAAUGGCAGGUCUGAACGCUGGGCAGCAGAUGAUACAAACAAACAUGGCUGCUGCCCAGCAGAGGGCGCCUCCCACCCCUCAGAGCCUGAGCCAGCCUAUGGCCAAUCAGCAGCAGACUCAGCAGCAACAGGCCAAUCAGAGUCUGUCCGACCUGGCAGCAUUUGGACAGCCGCAGGCCAACGGCCACCAGGGACUGCAGUGUAACCAAGGUUACCAGGUGAGCAGGACAACCAACCAGCAGCAGGUGUCGUUCGGGUACAAUGUGGCGUCAGGGAGCUUUGCUGCUGAAAGCGAUCUGGUAGACUCGCUGCUAAAGAGCCAGAGCACACAGGAGUGGAUGGCUGACCUGGACGAGCUGCUCGCCAGCCACCCGUAGAUUCAGAACAUCCGAGGCGCCGUCGCCAAGUAAGAUUUCUGUUCAGACAGGAAGUCAUAGCCGAGGCGCCAUAGUCCUGUUUGCUAUUAACGUCAAGCAGGUUUGUUUACGUUCCGAUCGACUGCUGAGUCCACGGCAGCGUGAAGAAGAAGCUGCUCGAACACCCGGAGGACUCUGGUAAAAUUACACGAGUCGGCCAACGUGAAGGACACGUGAACGACACGUUAAAUUCCGCUCCUGAUGAACUGAAAGCUGCUAAAAUAGUGAAAAGCUGAAAAAACUUUAAGAAACCAAAAUGUUUUCACAAAAACUUU